GAAAAGUGAACGGAGACUGUUUCCUUCACCAUCGGCAGCACCAUGGCUAGUGACCCCCUACGGAAAAUCAGAAACCUAGUCAUCAAGGUUGGUUAAUUGUUAUUUGUAAUGAUGAUGAAUAUGACUACUCUCCUGAAAAUCGCAAGUUUGCUGAUUGUUUUCUUUGGAAUCCUACAACAUUACAGACCAUACCUCUACCUAGUCUAUCAAAAUGGUAUGGUAAUUCCACUUGCUAUUAUUUCGUGGAUUGUGUCUUGUCCUCGCCUCCUCAUGAGAGUGAUGAUGAUUCAAUGGUAUUAUUCUUGUUCACCGAUUGUUUCGAAGGGAACUUUAGUCUUGUGUUCUUAUAUUGUCACCCGGGGGAUAAAAAAUGGAGAACAUACAAGUGGUAUUCAGAUAUCAUACUUGCGCAGGAUAUGGCAUCGCUCGAUUAUUUCAAAGGUAAGUUUUACGUUAUGUGUGUGUUUGAGGAUAACUUGGAGAUCGAGAAGCAGAAGCGUAGGGAUGGCAGUAUAAAACUUUGUGUUAGGAUGUUCGAGGUAAGAGACAAGUGUUCGCAUCCAUUCGUAGGAGGACUGGAAGCUUCUACUCCAAGUUAUAAUUUUGUGGCCACUGAUGACCAACUUUACUGCAUUCCGAUUAUUUACACUAAGAGAGGAUUUCGAAAGGUAAUUAUCAAAAUAGUUGUGAUGAGGUUGGAUUUUUCUGCAAUGGCGUGGAAGGUGGUGUAUAGUAUUGGUGAUCAUGUUCUAUUUAUUGGAAGCAGCUCCACCAAAGGAAGCAGCUCCACCAAAGCUUGUUGCUCUGCAGCUGAGACGGGGCUUGCCAGGGGUUCUGUGUAUUUUACAUUUCCUGGGGAUCGGAGUUUGUAUAAAUUUGACGUACAAAGUACUGGUAAUUCGGUUAUUAUGCCUUGUUUAAAGCUGCGAAAGCCAUGGAAGGAUUCGGAAUUUAUCAUGAUGCCUAACGAACGAAAAAGAAAAAGAAAAAGAGAGGAACAUAUCAAAAACAUUGGAGUGAAGGAUACAGUAGAUGCGGUAGGGUAUAAAGCAGAUGUAGUUGGUAAACCCGGAGGGGAAUACAAUGUAAGAGAUUCUCAUCAGAAACCAUGUCCAUGUGGUAUUCUUAAUGAGGAUAUGGUGGAGUCUAUAGCAAGCUCUCUUCAUAGAUUGGAUUACAUCCAUCUUCGUUCAGUCUGUAAAGCAUAUCGAGCAUUGUUGCCAAUGGUAAAGCAUACAUCCAGUUCUAAUACAACAGGUGCGUACUUAUCUCCGUGGCUGAUGUUCAGUAGAGAUCAUAACUGCGCCACCUUCAGUUUUAUUAACCCAAUGCACAACAGCGAGAGCUACCUCAUAAAGCUCUCUGAUCUUGUGGGAACUGUAGUCCGUUUUCAAAAGGGAGGUUGGUUAUUGUUAUCUAUGGGACAUAAUGAAUUCUGUUUGUUCUUCUACAAUCCCCUUACGAGAGAGACUAUCAAAUUUCCAGAAUUGCCAUAUAAUUUCACCUUCUCCAGUGUCUCAUUCUCCUCCUUACCUACGUCACCAGACUGUGUGGUCUUCGCCAUUGAACAAAAUGGCUACCACGUCAAUCUCUACUUCAUCAGAAAGGGAGAAGCGUAUUGGAGUUCUUGUCGCUUUAUUAAUAUAGAUACCGAGAUAUACACCCCGUCAUAUAACACUCCAGUUUUGUACAAUGGGGUUUUGUAUUCUGUAGAUUACAACGGAAGUUUAGGUACAUUUAACAUGGAGGAUUGUAGUUGGAAAGUUGUUGAGAAACUCCAUCAGCCAUUUGAUUCUAUUUAUCCAAGUUUCCUGGUUGAGUGUGAUGGAGAGCUUUUAUUAGUAAAACUGGGUUGUCUCGGAACGCUGUUUGGGAUUUUCAGACUGGAUUCUCCCCGGAUGGAAUGGGUUGGAAUGAAGAAUCUGGGAAAGCAUAUGUUGUUUGUCAGCCACACCUCAUGUUUCUCAGCAAUUGCUCCUCCAAAUAGUCGCAUGGAGAACAAAGUGUAUUUCCCUAGAUUAUGCAUGAACGGAGAAGGUGUUUUAUUCUAUUGUCUCGAAACAGGUAGUUACCGGUCUUUUGGAAGUCGACAUUCUGCCUCAGAUUUUACCGACACAGAGGGCUGGUACUCAAACUGCAUUUGGAUUGAACCAAACUGGACGACCUCCACAUCUCAAGAGAUUGAAUGGGUUAAGCCUUCUUCCUAGAUUUUGUUUUUACUAAUUUUUGUUCUAAAGUCUCAAGAGAUUAAACUCUCUAAUUCAUACCCAUUUAGUCAUGUCAUUUUGCAUUGAAGAUGAAAAUUUGAAAGGUCUUAA